CGGUGGCGGGGCAGAGCCGGGAGCGCGCGGCUGGUUCGGGCGCCGGCAGCUGCGGGAAGAGGACGAGGGAGCGAUGCUGCCGGCGGCGCGUGCCGAUUACCUGGCGCCUUGGUGGGCGUCCUGGCUGCACGGGCUCCCCCACUUGAGCCUCAGCCUGCAUCCCGUGUCCAGCGCCUUCCGGCCGAAGGACCCGGACUACCAGCAGUCCUUGCUGCUCUUAGCCCUGGUGGGUGCUGUAUUUUUGGGCCUCAACCUGGUCUUCCUUGCUAUCUAUCUGAUUUGCCUGUGCUUCUGCAAAAGAGAGGAAGAGUCCGAAACCAAGAAGUCUAACACCUGCUGCAUCACCUGGACUGCUGUGCUUGCUGGCCUCAUCUGCUGUGCUGCUGUUGGCAUUGGUUUCUAUGGCAACAGCGAAACCAAUGAUGGGGUUUAUCAGCUGAUCUAUGCCCUUGAUAAUGCUAAUCACACUUUCUCAGGGAUUGAUUCACUGGUCUAUGGCACUACUAGACAGAUGAAAGUAACGUUGGAGCAGCACAUGGCUCGACUGAAUGAGAUCUUUGCCACUCAGGGUGAUUAUGUGCAGACCCUCAAGUUCAUGCAGCAGAUGGCAGGCAACAUUGUCUUGCAGCUCUCAGGGCUCCCUGUCUGGGAGGAUGUUACUGUACACCUGUCCCAGGUGACUACUGAAGUCAGCUCUGUGGAGUAUUACAGGUGGCUCUCCUACCUCUUGCUCUUCAUCCUAGAUUUGGUGAUUUGCCUUAUUGCUUGUCUGGGGCUGGCUAAGCACUCAAAAUGUCUACUUAUUACGAUGCUGUGCUGUGGGCUGUUCACGCUCAUUCUCAGCUGGGGCUCCUUUUCAGUGGAUGUUUCGGCAGCAGUGGGUACCAGUGAUUUCUGCGUAGCCCCAGACAAGAUCAUCCUGAAUAUGACACAGAGUGGCCUCAGUGCAGAGAUAGUUCGCUACUACUUGUAUUGCAGCCAGAGUCUGACCAACCCCUUCCAGCAGGCUCUGACGAUCUACCAGCGUUCUCUCACUACCAUGCAAAUUCAGAUUCAGGGACUGAUGCAAUUUGCUGUACCCAUUUUCCCUUCUGCCGAGAAAGACCUUCUUGGUAUGCAGAAGCUACUCAACUCCUCGGAGACUAGCCUCCACCAGCUAACUGCCAUGUUGGACUGCAGGGGCCUGCACAAGGAUUAUCUGGAUGCCUUGAUUGGGAUCUGCUAUGAUGGGGUGGAAGGCCUGCUGUACCUCAUCCUGUUUUCUCUGUUGGCUGCCGUGGCCUUCUCCACCAUCAUCUGUGCCAUGCCACGUGCCUGGAAGCAUUUAGCCAGCAGGUAA